CGGGUCAAAUCACUCAACCCGAUUUCUCCCUCCGUCUUUCGCCUCUCCCCUGUAGACUCCGCAACUUCAAAAACUCCAUCUGGGAAUUCCUCCUCUCCGCCAACCUCCACUGUAGCCUCAUCACUUUUGAUGCUUCUUGUCUGCUGAUUAUUUGGGAUAAAUCGAAUUUUUUGCUUAUAUAAAGCUAAGAGAUUGAUUUUUUGAGGGUCCUUUUUUUUUGCCAAUGGGUUCACCUGAAUGCUCAAGGAGUUCUGCAAAACAGGAUGUAGAUGAGGAUGUAGAGGUGAACAUUGAUGGUGUCAGGGAUGAUGAUGAGUGGGAUGGUGUUGAUAAAAGAAAGCAUCGGUCAAGCAAGUCAAGGAAACCUGGAAGCAGUGAAGAUGCUGAUGGUUUGGAUCGUAGUGCUAGAAAAAGAAGCGCGACUGACAGACAUGAGAAUCGAAAGAGAGUGGCUGGUUUGAGCAGAGCUGACAGCGAUCAGGAUGACUAUGAAGCUAGAAAGGAGCGCUCUAAGCAGAUGAAGAAAAAAAUAGAAGUCAAUGCCUUGGAAAAAAUGAGCAGUUGGUAUCAAGAUGGAGAAGCAGAGAGUAAAUGUGAGAGCGGGGACAAAUCUGGGAGUAAAGUACAUAGUAGAGCUGAUGAAAGAGCCAGAAAGACAUCCAGUUCAAAGUACUCAGAUCAUGAUUUUAAUGUUGAAAAGGCUCAAGAAAGGGAUUCUAGAUAUUCAGAUAGAAGGGAUAGUGGCAGCGAAAAGCGACCUGGGUCUGUCGAGCAUGGAAGAAACUCUCAGAGAAGAUGGGAUGAGUCUGAUGCAAUUUGUAAGGAUAAUGAAUAUUUAGAAAAAUCUGGCGUAAGAAGUGGGAAGUCUUCUGAUCCUAAGCUGGAGAGUGCCAGAGAGAGAAGUGACACACUGAAAAUUGAGCCAGGCAAUAGCAAAUGCAAGGGUUUGGACCCAAUUGUUGAAAAAGGUAUUAAGGCUCAGGAGAGAGAGGAGAGAAGAGCCAAUUCAGAAAGGAGUAAGAGGGGAAAGUUUGAAGCUCUGGAGGACAUUGAGAUAAGUGCUUCGCAUGAAGAUAGAUCAAGUAAAGAGAGAUUUGAGGAGACUAGACUGCCAAUAAAUCCAACUAGUCAAGAUGUUGACAGUUCCAAUGUGUCCAGGAAACCUGAGCGGAGUGGAAGGCGUAAUUAUGAAUCUGACAAUUUUGACAUGAAUUAUGAAAGAAGUGCUAGUAUCAGGAGGAAAGAACAGGGUAAAGAUAGCUCGUGGGACGAUAGAUCAAAAGAAAGAGAUGACAGUUGGGUUGACAAAAGUAGGGACAGGGAAAAUAUUAAAGAUAACUGGAAAAGAACGCAAGGCAAAGAUGCAAGAGAUGGGGAAGUAGCCUACAGCCAGGGAAGAGAUUGGGAAUUUUCAAGGCGUGGACGUGAGAGGAUUGAUGGUGAAAGGCCUCAUGGUCGCUCCGGUGGUAGAAAAGAUGGAAGCAGGACUGAAGCUGUGAAAACCUCAUCAAAGUAUGGGAUAUCGAAUGAUAACUAUGAUGUGAUUGAGAUCCAGACCAAGCCGUUUGAUUAUGGAAGAGAGGAGUCUGAAUCCAUGUUUGUGAGAAGCAGUGAGGUUGUGCAAUCUGACACUAAAUUGGCCCCUGCUGCUGAAGAGUUUGGUUAUUCAAGGUCGGAAAAGUCAAGAAGCGCACCUGGAUCUGGAUCCUCUGGUGAAGGUUCAAAAGAAAGAUAUAUAGAUGGUGGCUUUACAAUGCCAGAUUCACGGAGAGACGACAUGGAUUAUCAGGCAGAAAAUUCUAGAGUCCAGAGAGGUGUUGGGUUGAAUCAUGGUGCUUCAGGCCAAAGUUCUAGCAGUGGCUUACAACUCCCACUUGGAAAUCUGGAGCCUGGUUCCUUCAGUAGAGGCGCUUUUCAAGGUGUCAGGGGAAGUAGAGUUGGUAGAGGGGGAAGGGGUAGGCCUCCAGGGAGAGAGAAUCAACAGGGUGGUAUUCCAAUGCCCUUGAUUGGAUCACCAUUUGGACCACUGGGAAUACCACCUCCUGGACCUAUGCAAUCUCUAACUCCUAACAUGUCCCCUGCUCCAGUUCCUCCAAUUCCUCCAGGCGUAUUUAUUCCACCAUUUCAACCUCCUGUUUGGCCUGGAGCUCGAGGUAUUGAGAUGAAUAUGCUUGCUGUUCCACCUGGUCUCCCACAUGUUCCUCCUGGGCCCUUGGGACCUAGAUUUCCCACAAAUAUCGGAAAUCCACCAAAUCCUGCUUUGUUUUUCAAUCCAUCAGGACCUGGAAGGGGAACGAGUCCUAGCAUGUCUGGCCCAAAUUUUAAUGCUAAUGCUCCAUCAGUUUGUGGGCAACCUCUAGACAACGCCUUUGGAGGCUGGGUUCCUUCUAGAUCUAAUGGAUCACAUGGUAAAGCUCCUUCUAGAGGAGAGCAGAACGAUUACUCUCAAAACUUUGUUGACACUGGUAUGCGUCCCCAGAAUUUUAUAAGGGAACUAGAGCUCACUAGUGUGGUGGAGGACUAUCCAAAGCUUCGGGAGCUUAUACAGAAAAAGGAUGAAAUUGUUGCCAAAUCUUCUUCUCCGCCUAUGUACUUUAAGUGUGAUCUACGGGAGCAGGUGCUUUCUCCAGAAUUCUUUGCGACCAAGUUUGAUGUCAUUCUCGUUGACCCACCUUGGGAGGAAUACGUUCAUCGAGCUCCUGGUGUGACUGAUCAUAUGGAGUACUGGACAUUUGAAGAAAUUAUGAAUCUCAAGAUUGAGGCAAUUGCAGAUACUCCAUCUUUCAUCUUCCUUUGGGUUGGUGAUGGCGUUGGGCUUGAGCAAGGCCGACAAUGUCUAAAGAAGUGGGGAUUUCGCAGAUGUGAAGAUAUAUGUUGGGUGAAGACAAAUAAAACAAAUGCAACCCCUGGAUUGCGUCAUGAUUCUCAUACUCUAUUUCAGCGCUCAAAGGAACACUGCUUGAUGGGAAUAAAAGGAACAGUGCGUCGCAGUACUGAUGGUCACGUAAUCCAUGCCAACAUUGACACUGAUGUAAUUAUUGCUGAGGAGCCUCCUUAUGGAUCAACUUCAAAGCCUGAAGAUAUGUAUAGGAUAAUUGAACAUUUUGCUCUUGGACGGAGAAGGCUUGAGCUUUUUGGUGAAGAUCAUAACAUUCGUUCUGGCUGGUUGACAGUUGGUAAAGGAUUAUCUUCCUCGAAUUUUAAUUCUGAGGCAUAUAUUAGGCGUUUCAUGGAUAAGGAUGGAAAAGUUUGGCAAGGAGGGGGAGGAAGAAAUCCACCACCAGAGGCACCACACCUUGUCCUGACUACUCCCGAAAUAGAGGCUCUUCGUCCAAAGUCGCCCAUGAAGAACCAGCUGCAAAUGCAACAGCAGCAAUCAGCAUCUAUAACCCUGACAACAUCAAAUUCCAACAACAAAAGGACUACCGGAAAUUCCCCCCAGGAUCAUAACGCACCAAAUCUAAAUCAAGAGGCCUCGAGCUCUAAUGUCUCGACUCCAGGUCCCUGGGCUUCACCAAUGCAAAGCUUAAAAGGAAGAGAGAGUGGCUAUAUGAGUUCUGAUGAUAGGGCUUUCGAUGUAUACGGUUAUAAUGCACCAUCAUUUGGUCCGGCUAAUGGAGACUUUUCGGAUUAUGAUACUCAGAGAGGAAUGAAUAUGUUGUAGCCAUUAAAUAAACAUUUGUUGUUCUGUUAACAUUUCUUGAAAUUUUGUUAUUUUGAUAAAAAUAUCAAUCUUUCAUAUGAAAAUGCCAUCCUUUUCAUAUUUUCUACUA